AUGUACGAGUCAUCUGAUGCGCAAGCCAUCUGGGAUGUGCCGGUUUUCGCUGAACAUACCAUACCUUUUAUUAUUGUUCUUCAGUGUGGCAUUUUUGUGGAACACGCAACAGUGAAAAGCUGGAGGCAGUUAAUAAGCGCAUUCUUAGAUUUAUUUUAAAUGAUUAUACUUAUCACUACACCACUUUGCUUAACAAGGUUGAAAUGACUUCUUUGUAUAACAAGCGCAUUCAGAAUUUUGUAAUACUAGUUUACAAGAGUCUAUUUUUUAAUGAGAAUUAAUGAGUAUCCAACUUAUAUGAGGAAUAUGUUUACUGUUCGCCAUACAACCCAUAAUUUGCGCGGUACCCAUAUGUUGACUCUAAGCAAGCCUAGAACAACAACCUAUGGGCUCCACUCUUUUUCUUAUUUUUCCGCCCAGCAGUGGAACGAUCUUCCCGACGAAUUAAGGAACUGUACUUUUAAAGAUUUUAAGCGACGUCUUCAAAGUCGCAAUACGUUUAAUUAGUUUUCACUAAUUUUUGUCUUCUUUUGCGCGUGUAGUUUUUUUUCAGUUUUUAGAGAUUUUAAUUUCUUUCUCAAAGACAUAAGCCAUAUAGUGUAGCUACUCUAAACUUCGAGUUGAAAUAAAGGUUAAUGUAUGUAUGUAUGUACGUACGUAGGUACGUACGUACGUACGUACGUAUGUAUGUAUGUAUGUAUGUAUGUAUGUAUGUAUGUAUGUAUGUAUGUAUGUCAUUUUGAGGCUAACAGUGUGGAUGCGCGGUUUGAGGGAAAGAAAGUCUGGGCAGUGGAGAUGAGUUGUCAGUGGGUGUAG